AUGGCAAAGAGCAAAGACGGUUCGCUACUAAACCGGUUGAGACAAGCCGUGAAUAAAGUGAAGUUCGUGUUAAGUUUCAAGUUACACAGCCUCUGGGGUCUCGUACCGAUGCUUGGUUCUUCCUCUUCUUCAUCAUCUAUUCGGUUUAGUUUCAACGAUAGACCUGGUUUAGCAGAAGCUUAUACCGAGGAGAAUGAACCGGAGUCAACCGGUUCUUCAAGGAGAGCGCUCCGUAGAAUGCAGAGUUAUGAUCCAUCUUCAGACGAAGACAUAGACAGCAAAGCUGAGAUGUUCAUAGCUAAUUUCUACAAGCAGCUUAAGAUUGAGAGACAAAUCUCUUUGGAACUUAAAUAUUAUCAUGGCAAUAAUCAGAGUUUCAACUACAGGUCGCCUUAA